GGCAAAUGAAGCUGAGCUGGCGGCUCCAGAAUGAACCACAGCUCCGAGAAGAGGAAGUAGCAGCCCAGCUGGCUCUCUGUCAUGGCCUGUGAACCGCAGAUGGACCCCGGCGGGGCGGCCGGCCCAUUGCCUACCUCCGCCCCUGGCUGGAGCGCCUUGCCUGCGGGGAGCCCUCCUGGCUGGGGGCAAGAGCUCCACAAUGGCCAGGUCCUCACGGUUCUCCGGAUUGACAACACCUGUGCACCCAUCGCCUUUGAUCUGGGGGCCGCAGAGGAGCAGCUGCAGACUUGGGGCAUUCAGGUCCCGGCCGACCAGUACCGGAGCCUGGCUGAGAGCGCCCUCUUGGAGCCCCAAGUGAGAAGAUACAUCAUCUACAACUCCAGGCCUAUGCGGCUGGCCUUUGCCGUGGUUUUCUACGUGGUGGUGUGGGCCAACAUCUACUCCACCAGCCAGCUGUUUGCCCUGGGGAACCACUGGGUGGGCGUGUUGCUCGUGACCCUGGCCGCGGUGAGCCUGACCUUGAUUCUCGUGCUUGUCUUCGAGAGACACCAGAGGAAGGCCAACACCAACACCGACCUAAGGCUGGCGGCUGCCAACGGAGCCCUCCAGAGACACCGGGUGCUGCUGGGGGUGACGGACACGGUGGAAGGCUGCCAGAGCGUGAUUCAGCUCUGGUUUGUCUACUUCGACCUGGAGAACUGUGUGAAGUUCUUAUCCGACCACGUUCAAGAAAUGAAGACUAGCCAAGAGUCCUUGCUGAGAAGCAGAUUGAGCCAGCUGUGUGUUGUCAUGGAGACUGGAGUGAGCCCUGCGACGGAGGAGGAGCCUGAGAACCUGCUGGAGGACACUCCUCUCCUGCCCAGCAGUCCUCAGCCCGAGGAGAGGCCGCUCAUGCAGACUGAACUUCACCAACUCGUUCCUGACGCUGAGCCGGAGGAAAUGGCCCAGCAGCUGCUGGCGGUGUUUGGUGGCUACUACAUCCGGCUCCUGGUGACCUCGCAGCUCCCCCAGGCAGGGGGGACGCGGCACAUGGACUCUCCGAGGGUUCCAUGCCCCUGCCAGUUCAUAGAAGCCCACAUCCUGGGCACAGGGUGCUGCCCGUUCCUGGCCAGGUGACCUAAGGACAGAAGUACUCAUCUUCCUCUAAGACUGAAGGUGACAAGUGAGGGAGGCCUCAGGAGCCCAGGGUGGCCGAUGGUGAGCCCUCGGGGAGGAGAGGAGCGUCUUGGAGCACCCUGAAGGGUGUCAGUCAUGUCAGCAACAGGGGUGUCAUGCUCACUCCAGGACCCUGCACAGAAAUGGCUGGUCAACAUCCCAUCUGGACCCCUCGCCUUUACAGAAGCUGAUGGUCGCCGAGCUGGUGCCCCUCCGAGCCACUCUCUGUGCUGCUCAGAACCGUGGGCGUGGAUGGAAGGGCCCCUCUCCCGUCCCUUUCAUUGCUGGAGAUCCCAGGAAAUGUGAAGAUGACCAGACUGGGCCACGCAGGUGUCCCAAGCUUGACCUCAGAUGAUGCUCCCAUCUCCAACCCCUUCAUGUCAGAUGGGGAAACAGAUGCUCAGGGAGGACAUUGCUCUUGGUGGCACUGCCCCGGGCCUCUAAAAUGAUAAGACUGCCUCUUCCCAACUGAAGCAAAGAAGUAAAUUCUCAGAAUGGUCUCCAUUUUUAAGUUUUUCUUCUUCUAUAUUUUAUGAAAAACAGU